AUGGCCUCAUUUGCGAGCAAUACCUUUUCUCACCAAUUAUAUGCGGCUUUCCGGCCAACAUACUCGAAGCAGCUCUACUCCGCCGUGCUGGCAUAUCAUAGAGGUCCAUCAAAGACAGCCCUUGACUUGGGAACAGGCCAUGGUUUAGUCGCUCGCGAGCUAAGUCCGCAUUUCCAGCAGGUCCUCGCCAGCGAUCCAUCCGCAGGGAUGAUCCAAGAGGCACGCCAGUUGUCCGCAGGUUUCCCCAAUAUAACUUUCCACCAAGAAAGAGCAGAAGAGUGUCCUUUUGCUGCAGACGCGCAAGUAGACCUAGUAACCGCUGCGCAGAGCUCGCACUGGUUUGACUAUGCCAAGUUGUGGCCGGAGAUGAGAAGAAUCGUCCGAUCCGGAGGCACGCUGGCUUUUUGGGGCUACAAGGACCAUGUGCUCGUAUCCUACUCCAGAGCAACCAGUAUCAUCAAUGAAUAUGCAUAUGGGCAAGAUCCUUGGCUGCUGGGAAGCUACUGGCAGCAGCCAGGCCGCAGUAUAGUGCAACAGAAACUGCGAGCUGUCCAGCCGCCGGUUGAGGACUGGGAGGAUGUCACUCGCGAUGGGUAUGAGCCUGGAGCAGACGGAGGGACACGGUUCAUGCAUGCGAGAAUGACUUUGGGGUCCAUGGAGGAAUAUGUCAGAACAUGGAGCUCGUUUCACGCAUGGCAGAGGAAAUGGCAGGAUAGGACGAGGAGGGCUCCUGGGAAUAUCGAUCAACGUGGUGAUGUUGUUGAUGAGAUGAUGGACAAGAUUCGAGAGACUGAAUCGUCUUUUCAGCGAGAUAACUGGAAGGAUGUGGAGGUGGAUGUUGAAUGGGGGAACCCUUCGAACUACUUGUCACUGGACUAUACUACCUUCAUCAACACGGCGCGCAAAUUGACCAGCGUCAUUUUCUUCCAAAUGGCUCAAACGGCAACUCUGCCAACAAAUUCUAUCAGAAUUCGUACGCACAAACCUGCAGACAUAGACUGGAUCAUCUCCCGCCACGGCACCCUCUACGCAGACGAAUACAACUUCAACGACAAGUUCAUCGCCCUAGUCUCGAAGAUUGCGUCAGAAUUUCAGCAAAAUCAUGAUCCUACUUUGGAGCGCUGUUGGAUCGCGGAGCGUACUACUGAUAAGACCAUCAAUGAGAGAGUGGGCUGUAUGAUGCUUGUCAAGGACACCGACUCGCCUGAUACAGCCAGACUGCGCUUAUUUCUUGUGGAGCCGCGCGCUCGGGGAAUGGGAGUCGGAAGGUCCUUGAUCAAGCAGUGUAUUGAGUUUGCGAGAGAGGUUGGAUACAAGCGGGUGGUCCUCUGGACGCAGAGUAUCUUGGGUUCGGCGAGGAGGCUAUACAAGGCUGAAGGAUUUCAGUUAGUGAAAGAGGAGGAGCAUGAAGGGUUUGGGAUGACGUUGGUAGGAGAGUUAUGGGAGCUUGAGCUAGAGAAGAAGUCUCAGGACGAAUAG